AAAGCGUAAAAGUAGGGAAAACGAAACUUCUGAUCAACAAAAAAAGCAUCGUGCUUAUAAUCGUGAAUAUAAAUGGAAGAAACUUGCUGAAGAAACUGCUGAGCAACGUGAGACAAAACUUAGUAAGCAACGUGAACGAAUGCGUAAAAGAAAGGCAAAAUCUGUUUUAGGAAAUAUUGAUAGGAACACUGUUAUACACGUGAUUAGUGUAAUCAGAACUAUUAUAAUCGAAUAG